AUGAUCUGGUGUCGGGUAUUAGGGAUAGUGUUGUUAGCCACAACGGUAUCAGCAGCGGCCCAGAAAACCGAUGACUUGGAAUGUAUGUUCCUCGGUUAUCCGGAUCUUGAAUACGACGGUUUUGAUAGAACAGAGGUGUUAACCGAGAAGAACUUCAAUAAAACCGUCUUUGCCGAAGAUGCAAAAUCAGUAGUGUUCUUCAACGAUGUCGAGGAAGAUGAUCCAGAAUUAGAUCAAUACGAAUGUUUCAUGCAGCUUUCGGCACAAAUUAUGACAAAACGAGGUUAUAAUUUCUUCACUGUCAAUACAACAAAGGAACAAAAACUCAGGAAACAAGAAGAAGUAGACAAAGGCGAGGACACAAUUCACGUGUAUAAGGAUGGUUUUAAAAUUGAAUACAACGGUGUACGUGAUCCGGAAACAUUUGUUGGAUGGAUGAUGGAUAUCCCUGAUGAUCCAGUCACAAUUAUCAAUGAUGAACAUGACUUAGAAGAGUUCGAAGACCUCGAGGAUGAGACCGUUAGGAUUAUCGGAUAUUUCGAACCUGGAUCUGCAGCCCUCAAGGAAUUCGAGGAAGCAGCAGAGGAUUUCAUGGGCGAAAUAGAGUUCUUUGCAGUUGUUACGUCCAAGUGGGCUCGCAAAGUUGGAUUGAAACGGAUAGGAGAAGUGCAGAUGCUCCGACCUUUCGAAGAAGAUCCACUUUUCGCUCCUUCUUCUGUUGACACCGAAGAGGAAUUCGAAGAUUGGGUUGAGAAGCACAAAGAACCUGUCAUGCAAAAAUUAACCCUCGAGAACUACUUCAAUGUGUGGAAGGACCCCGAGGAGGAUGAACGGUUGAUUCUGGCGUUUGUGGAUGAGGAAACUCGAGAAGGCAGAGCGAUGAAAAAACUUCUUGACAAAAUUGCUGAUGAGAACUCAGAACAUGCCGGAACAUUAGAAAUCGUUCUGAUUGAUCCUGAUGAGUUCCCUCUUAUGGUUGAUGUAUGGGAGGAUAUGUUUGGAAUCGACAUCGAAGAAGGACCUCAAAUUGGUCUCGUCGAUAUUUCCGAGAAAGAAGGCAUCUGGUUCGAUAUUUCACAAGUGAAUCUUGAUGAUCCGAAAAAACACAGCGAUAGUAACUUUGAAGUUCUUCAAACCUGGAUUGAUCAGAUUAUGAGCGGAUCGAUUACACUUGAUGAUGAUGACGAUGACGAGCCGGAGCCGACCCCGCCUCCACCACCAGCCAAAGGGAAAAAGGGGAAGAAGGAGCUGUAA